AUGAAUGAUCGUGAUUAUCCAGGGAGAAAUAUCCCUGAAAAGCUGGUGAGCAAAGGAUUGUUUGAUCAGAAUGGAGUCCCGUUAUCUCCAUUUGCUGCUGAUGUUCUGAAGGAUUCUGAAAAUCGCGAGACAGGUUCUACUCCGGAUACUAUUCCUGUUCGUGGUAUUGGCCUACGGGUGACUAAUAUUGAAGGUAAAUCUACGUUACCAAGGAGAGGUAUGUUUUACUCAGACAAUGUCUCGGUUAUAGAUGGACUCGCUGCUAUUUCUAAACCUGUUGCUAUGGAUAAUGUUGUGAAAGCCAGUUCGGGUAGCAUGGGGGUAGAGGAACGUCAAGUUCAGGAGAGUUGUAGUCAACAGGAUCAUGUUACUGGUGUAAAACCUUUGUCAUAUGCUCAAUCUGUUAGGGGAACUAGUGAAAGGAAGGUGAAUUUUCGAUCGUUGGAAGCUGAAGAGAAGCAGGAUGGGUGUGAUGUUGUUCUAUCUAGGGAUUCAGUCAGAGUGGUGCAAGAUAAGUUAGCAAAUACUUUGUAUGGAUACUUUUUGGGGGAUCGUGUCGCGUUUCCGGUUGUGGACUACUUUGUUAAGAAUAAUUGGAAGCGUUUUGGUUUACAGAAAUCUAUGAUGAACGCCAAUGGUUACUUCUUUUUCAAAUUUGCGGAUCAUGCAGGUAUGAUGAAUGCUCUGAAUGAGGGACCAUGGAUUAUUCGAUCACAGCCGUUGUUUUUGGAACUUUGGUCACCGUCUGUUAAACUGGAGAAGAAAGAGGUGAAGAAGGUUCAGGUUUGGGUUAAGUUCCAUGAAGUACCUAUAGCGGCAUACACUGAGGAUGGUUUAAGUUUAAUUGCUACAACUAUCGGGGAGCCGAAAGCCUUGGACUCUUUCACUACAUCAAUGUGUGUAGAUAUGUGGGGUAGAAGCAGUUUUGCUCGUGCUUUGGUUGAGAUUUCAGCCGACUCUGAAUUCAAGGAGGAAUUAACCAUUGCUGUCCCUCGGCUUGAUGGAGAUGGUUUUAUCAAGGAGAAAGUUUAUGUCGAGUACGAAUGGUGUCCUCUUAGAUGUGGGCGAUGCAGUGUUUUUGGUCAUACUGAUGAUUGUUGCCCUAAGCAGGCUUCGAAAGGCUCUAAUGGAAAUACUCAACAUGGAAAGUUCCCUGGUAAUGAUAAGAAGUAUAAGCAACCAAUUCAGGAAAGGGGUAUUCCAAAGAGGCAGCCCAUUGUGGAUGAUGAUGGUUAUACCACGGUUCAAGGUAAGAAGGCAGCUAGGAAGGUUGGAUUCAAUGUCAAUAAACCGAAGCAAAAAUUCGAAUAUAGGCCUGUGGCGUCUAAGGGUAAGGAUGGGGGCCCGAAUUCUAAUACAGGUGGUUCAAUGAAAAGAGAUGAGCCGGCUGUUGCGUCGGUUCAGGUUUCGAACUCGUUUGAUGCUCUUAAUGAUCCAGAUGUUAAUUUGGAUGAGAAUGGGGAUACAUCAGGGGCGGCCCAUCAAGAGGUGGAGGAUGAAGAGGUUGUUGAGGUGCUUAAUGAUUUAUAUGGAGAUGAGAUGGACGAUUUUUUGAGGAAGGGAACGGUUAAGUCGGGUGGAACAAAAGGGGCAAGCACUCCUUCUUCAUCGGUUAACCAUGCGAAUUAUUAUGUCACUCGUCGGGAUCUUUGGAAUAACCUCUUAAUGCACAAACAAUUCGUCCGUAAUGAACCUUGGGUGAUUCUAGGUGAUUUUAAUUCGGCUCUAAACCUUGAAGACAAAUCUAUGGGUUGCUCGUCGGUUUCUACUAGCAUGAAAGAGUUUCAAGCUUGCGUUGAUGACAUUGAAAUGGUUGACUUAAAUCGAACUGGUAUCCACUUUACGUGGAAUCAGAAGCCAAAGAAGGGGAUUGGGUUAAUGAAAAAGAUUGAUAGAGUUAUGGGGAAUACCCAAUUCAUUGCCACUUUUCCUAGUGCUGUGGCGAUGUUCUACCCGUCCAGGUUAUCGGAUCACUGUCCGUGUGUCCUCAAGGUUCCGGAAGUUAAUAAACCUAAACAUCGGUCUUUCAAAUUUGCGAAUUUCCUGAAACUUCGGCUGCUUAAGCCUCCUUUACGCGGUUUACUGUUUCAGCAAGGUAAUUUGCACAAGAAGGUGCAACUUUUACGUGAUAGGCUUGAUGGUAUCCAGCGGGAUCUUGAUAAGGAUUUGAAUAGCGUGAGUCUUCGGGUUGAGGAAUCUAAUAUUCGGCGUGCUUAUCAAGAGGCUUUGCUAGAUGAAGAGAGAUUUUUGAAGCAAAAGUCCAAGGUGGACUGGCUUUCGGCUGGUGACAUGAACUCGGCCUUCUUUCAUUCAGCGCUAAAGAAUAAAAUUCACUACAGUCGGAUCGAUGUUAUUCGGGAUGCUAGUGGAAAUGUGUUUGAGGAUGAAUUGGUGCAAAAAGUGUUUGUUGAGCAUUAUGAAAAAUUCUUGGGAUGCAAAGGGGUCACGUCGCUCACUCCAUCUCCUGAAUUAUUUUCAAAAACGCUGGACAUGGAUGUUGCCACUCAUAUGGUUAGACCGGUCACACCCGAUGAGGUUAGACAGGCUAUCUUUUCGAUUGGCUCGGAUAAGGCUCCAGGGCCUGAUGGCUUUACUGCUGGAUUCUUUAAAAGUGCUUGGCCUAUCGUUGGUAAUGAGGUCUCGAAUGCCGUGAUUGAUUUUUUUGUUACAGGGAGGCUCCUUAGAGAAUUAAACCAUACGCUCAUUGUUCUGAUCCCUAAAAUUACGUCCCCAUCUGUAGUCACGGAUUACCGCCCGAUUGCUUGUUGCAAUGUCCUGUACAAAUGUAUUAGUAAAAUUAUUUCCGAGAGAAUUAAAGUGGCGUUGAAUGAUAUUGUCAGUAUCAACCAAUCAGCUUUUGUGCCGGGUAGAAAAAUCUCUGAUAAUAUUUUGUUAACGCAAGAGCUGAUGCACAAUUAUCACCGGAAUAUCGGCCCGCCUAAGUGUUCUUUCAAAGUUGACAUUCAGAAGGCGUAUGAUACUGUGGAUUGGGAUUUUCUCAAGAAUAUAUUGAUUGGUUUCGGGUUUCAUGCUGAUAUGGUUCACUGGAUUAUGGUAUGUGUAUCUACUACCACUUUUUUUGUGUGUAUUAAUGGUGAGGUUCAUGGUUUUUUCAAGGGUAACCGGGGGCUAAGACAGGGUGAUCCGAUUUCUCCAUACUUGUUCACACUUGUCAUGGAGAUUCUUACGGCUAUCUUACACCAUGCGGUCAGGAUUGACUCUUCAUUUAAAUUUCAUAACAAAUGUGAACGCCAACAGAUUAUCAACCUCUGUUUUGCGGACGACUUGUUUAUAUUUUCAAGAGGGGAGAUUGCGUCGGCCAGGUGUAUCAUGAAGUCCCUUGAUUCGUUUAUGAAAAUGUCGGGAUUAUUACCUAAUAUUCAGAAAAGUACAGUUUUUUUCUCUAAUGUCCCGUCUUAUAUUAAAACUGCGAUUUUGAAUAUUAUGCCGUUCAGGGAGGGUAUUUUGCCAGUGAGAUAUUUGGGGGUGCCUCUUAUAUCUUCUCGUUUGCUGUAUAAAGAUUGUCAAGUUAUGGUGGAGAAGCUAGAAAAACGUAUCAUGCAUUGGAGGAAUAAGCUUCUUUCUUUUGCGGGCAGGGUUCAGCUCAUUGUCUCGGUCUUGUCCUCGAUGCAUAUAUUCUGGUCGUCAGUGUUUAUUUUGCCUAAUCGGGUGAUUCUUGAGUUGGAGGCGUUGAUGCGGAAUUUUCUAUGGUCUCAGGAUAGUGCGUUUCAAAAAGGUCGAGCCAAGGUGUCUUGGAAAGCUAUCUGUGUGCCUAAAUUUGAGGGUGGGUUAGGCAUCCGUCGAAUCAGAGAUGUUAAUAAAGCGCUUAUGACAGCACAUAUUUGGAGUAUUAUUUCGAGACGGGACUCCUUGUGGGUUCAGUGGGUUCACUCUUACAGGUUGAAAGGUAAAAGUUUCUGGGCUUGUAGAGUUCCUGCUAGUUGUUGCUGGUCUUGGAGGAAGCUUCUUCAGAUUCGUCCAACUAUGAGAAGGUUCAUUUGGUCCGAUGUGGGUAAUGGUUUAUGUACGUCAGCUUGGUUCGAUAACUGGAGUCUAUUGGGUCCGCUCGAGCAGUUUAUUUCGCCUAGAUCUAUUGCUAAUGCGGGGUUCAAUAUGGAGUCUAAAGUCUCGGAUGUGGUUUCUAAUAACUCGUGGAGAUGGCCAGCCGCUUGGAGGGAUUUAUAUCCGGUUCUGAUACAGCUGGAUCAUAUGUCCUUUGAUACGCACAAACCUGAUAAACUCGUAUGGCGUCAAGGAGAUCAGAUUCAUGAUUUUUCUACAUCUCGUGCUUGGGAUUCAAUUAGGCACCGAGAAUUGGAGGUUGGGUGGAGUCGCAUUGUUUGGUUCGGCCAAUGCAUUCCGCGUCAUGCGUUUUUAAUGUGGCUGAUCAUGAGAAGAAAAUUACUCACUCAGGAUAAAAUAUUGUCUUGGGAUUUCUCGCGUAGGAAGAAUAUGGAUAUGAUGUGUUGUUUACUCUGUUAUGCUAACCAUGAUUCUCACAGUCAUCUGUUCUUCGAGUGUAAGUAUUCUGCUCAAGUGUGGCAUAUGGUUAGGUGCAAAGUGGGUAUGCUUUCGGUUCAGCCCAAAUGGGAUGAUAUUGUUAAUUGGCUUCUGUUGCGGUCCAGUUCGAAAUCAGCGGCUGACUAUAUUACGAGAUUGGGGGUGGCGGCUAGUGCUUAUUUUAUUUGGCAGGAGCGAAAUGCUAGACUAUUCAAGAACCAGUUGAGACCUCCGGAAAUGCUAAGUGAACUUAUUAUUCAACAGGUGCGGUAUAAAUUGAUGGGAGCGAGGUUGAAGAAUUGUGAUAACGUGCGACGACUUCUAAGGGAGUGGGAGAUUGACGGAACUGAACUCCAUGAUGAUGGCGGCUGA